AUGAUGUUACCAAGCCCGGUCACCUCCACCCCUUUCUCAGUCAAAGAUAUUCUGAAUCUGGAACAGCAGCAGCAUUUCCACGGCGCUCAUUUGCAGACGGACUUGGAACACCAUUUCCACUCGGCGCCUUGCAUGCUGGCCGCAACCGAGGGGACACAGUUUUCUGAAGGAGGAGAGGAGGACGAGGAAGAAGAGGGCGAGAAAUUGUCCUAUUUGAACUCACUAGCCGCAGCUGAUGGCCACGGAGAUUCGGGGCUCUGUCCGCAGAGCUAUGUCCACACGGUCCUUCGAGACUCGUGCAGCGUGGCCAAAGAGCAUGAAGAGGAGGUUGUGAGGGACCGAAGCCAAAAAAGCUGCCCGCUGAAGAAGCCUCUAGAGACAGCUGGAGACGGGAAGGCGGCGGAGGACAGCGAGAGGCCCAAGCCGCGAAGCCGCCGGAAGCCCCGCGUCCUCUUCUCCCAAGCCCAAGUGUUCGAGCUGGAGCGCAGGUUCAAGCAGCAGCGGUACCUGUCGGCGCCUGAGCGCGAGCACCUCGCCAGCAGCCUGAAACUCACAUCCACGCAAGUGAAAAUCUGGUUCCAGAAUCGCAGGUACAAGUGCAAGAGACAGCGGCAGGACAAAUCACUGGAGCUGGGUACGCACGCCCCGCCGCCGCCGCCGCGCCGUGUGGCGGUCCCGGUGUUGGGGUCCUCGGCGGCCGCCUCGGCCAUGCAGCCAGCCUGCAGCGCGUCGGGAACCGGGUCCUUUGUGAACGUGAGCAACCUGGGAGGCUUCGGAGGCGGUGGCGGCGCACAGCCCUUGCAUCAAGGAGCAGCCGCCGGGGCCUCUUGUGCACAGGGCACCUUGCAGGGCAUUCGGGCCUGGUAG